GAAAAGAUCUAUCUACCUUGGUCUGCGGGAUAGUUUUCGCAUUCCUACGCCACACCUGGCGGAAUACACCACUCUGACUCUAUAAGUAGGAUUGGAAGCUAAAAUUGAUGUUAAAAAAAAAUAAUUGACCAGGAAUUGUGAUUAAAUUGGACAGGAGCAGCUUCGUAAUGCACAAAAAACCAGCAUGAAUUUGUGAAUCGCACCAAGUUGUUCGUUCGAACCAAUUAAAAUUCGCGGUACAGAUAACUGACCAAUCAGAAUGGAGAUGACAGAGAUGCUUCAGCAUGAUCUGUCUCGCAUGGACGAUUUGUCUAUUGAAAGCAUUUCAAGAUGUCUGAAGGCGAGAUAUGACCGUGACCUUAUUUACACAAACAUUAGCGACAUAUUAAUUGCCGUCAACCCCCGCAAGCAGCUGAAGAUUUAUGACGAUGAGAUUCAUGAUAAAUACAAUGCUGACAAAUUCGGAACAGAUUUAGAGCCGCAUAUUUUUCAAGUUGCCGCAACAGCCUACCGACGCAUGCGUGAAAAUGACACGAAUCAGGUCAUCAUUGUUUCUGGAGAAAGUGGAGCCGGCAAGACAGAAAGCACAAAAUAUAUGGUCAAACAUAUGGUACAUAUGUGUCAGAAAGGAGAUAUGGUUUUACAUGAAAAAAUCGUCAAGAUCAACCCUCUACUGGAGGCUUUUGGAAAUGCUAAAACAAUAAUGAACGACAACUCAAGUAGAUACGCUAAAUACCUGGAAAUCAGCUUCAAAGAAGGUGGAGAACUCGCAGGAGCGGUCGUUAGAGACUACAUGUUAGAGAAAUCCAGGGUAGUUCAUCAAAAUAACGGAGAGGGAAACUUUCACAUAUUCUACGCAAUGUUUGCUGGGAUUUGCCCCCACAAACCAAAGAAAAAAAAAGUUUUUUUCCCCCCUGGGAUUGGGAAAAACCCUCUUUUUCCCUUGGAAUGA